AGCGUGGGUUCCACCCCCACACGCUCUAGAGCCUCCCGGGAGCGCACACCGGCUUUUCCCCAUCCCCAGCCAGCGUGCUGUGCUCGCCGUCAUGCUCGCUGCUGCCUUGCGUCGGUGCACCGCAGCCGCGGCCGCCCGAGCCGGCCCCCGAGGCUUCCUACACCCGGCCUCGGCCCCUAGCCCAGCCGCCGCUGUCCAGUCAGCUCGCUGCUAUUCUCAUGGGUCACAUGAGACAGAUGAGGAGUUUGAUGCUCGCUGGGUCACAUACUUCAACAAGCCAGACAUAGAUGCCUGGGAAUUGCGUAAAGGAAUGAACACACUUGUUGGCUAUGAUCUGGUUCCUGAGCCCAAAAUCAUCGAUGCUGCUUUGCGGGCAUGCAGACGGUUAAAUGAUUUUGCUAGUGCUGUUCGCAUCCUAGAGGUUGUUAAGGAUAAAGCAGGACCUCAUAAGGAAAUCUACCCCUAUGUCAUCCAGGAACUUAGACCAACUUUGAAUGAACUGGGAAUCUCUACUCCAGAGGAACUGGGCCUCGACAAAGUGUAAACUCCCCUUGAUGGACUUCCUAAGGACCUAUUGCUGUUGCUACUUGAUUAAAACAGUCACCUGGAAAUACUUUAUUUGAACAAAUUUUCCUCUGAGUAUCAAACCUUGUCAUGGUAACUUGGACUUUAAUAAAAGGGAAAUGAGUUUGAACUGAAA